AUGGCAGCCAACACCGCCGCCACGGCGCCCACCCAGUUCUCGAAGCUGCUCCGUCAAGCUCGCAUCUCCAGCUUCGACCCUGCCAUCCCACAGGUCUACACAGCACCUCCCGCCUACUCCGCCCGCGGUGAAUGGGGCCUCAAACGUCCACUCCCCUCCUCCUCCGCCUCCAUCUUCGGCUCGUCCUCCGGCUCCGCCGCUCACCCCGGCGCCCUUCGCUACGUCGAAGUCUCCAACGUCGACACAGCCGAAGGCCAGACCACCUGGAAGGAACGCGAAAAGGAGACCCUCUUUGUAAAACGUUGGGCCGAAGCCGAUACCAAGCUUCAUGUUGCUAGACCCGAAUCCGGUGGUCACACAUACACCGAUCCUGGAGCGUACGGCCCACGACCUGCGACCAGUUUCCUCAAAUCCACCGAGAGAUACUUCCCAUCCGACAUUCCAGGGCCUAUCGAACUGACCCCCGAAGAGGAAGCCCGUGAAGAUGCCAAGGAGAAAGAGGCUAGGCUGUACAACAAUAGAUGGAGAAAUCUCAUGAAGCAUCACGCGGCUAGGGGUGCCGCUGAUCCAGCAUACAAGGGGUUGGAUUUCAUGGGUGAACAGUCCACUUCGAGGGCGUUCGGAUUCGAUGCCGACAAGUUCACCACACGGGCUAGGAUGAUGACCAACUACAACGCCUUGUCCGACAGAGACUUUGAGAAGUUUGUCGAAAAAAUCAGGAACGAGAGAGGAACGUGGAAGAAGUUCUUCAGCAAUAAGGAAAAGUCUCGACUGUUGGGACUGAUUCGCAAACGACAGGAGAAAGAGUACGCCGCUGCUGUUCGUGCGCAGGAGGACGCGGAGCGAAGGGGUGCUACCAAAGAACCUCUACCGGAGAUCAACCCGGAAGCAGAGCUGGACAAGAUGUCUCUGGCCGAGAUCGACAUGCUCGAGCAGUCUCGCGACGCCGAUGCGACACGCGACGCCUUCCGCAUGCUCGAAGACAAGACGCUCCGUCGAUCCUCCCGUCAGCAAUCCACCGCGCUACCCGGUCUCUCCCAACCCAACACCAUCCACCCUCACGCCGGACUGCAGUACUCGCAACCCGAUCCCAUCUACUCCUCCAUCCUCGCCGAACCCGUCGUCGGCCGCGUGGUCCACGAGGUAUCCUCUCGAUCCGACCGCGAUCUCCGCAAGUACGCCAAGAUCGCCGACGGCCGCUCCGUGCUCAUCGGCGGACACGUCUCCUACCUCCACGCACCGCUUCGUUCCCAAGCCCCACCCACGAUCGACUGGAGUCGUCAGCAGCCCAAACAGGGCACCGCCCUCUUCCGCAUCGUCGACGCCUACCGCACGUCCAGCUUGACCCUCGGCAGCGGUAUGCACAAGGACAUGCUUGCACCCAGAAACGAUCUCGGCUACCUCAGGUCCAACUUGGAACUCGUAAAGACGGAUUCGCAAGGUCAGCCGGUCAACAAGAUCGCUCCGGUCGGAAGCGCGCAGUACAUUGGACAGACGAGGCAGGAUCCCAACCGACCUGUUCGAAGAGCCAUCGGCGGUGGAAGCGCGGGUGAGGGAGCGAGGAAAUCGACGCUGCUCAAUGCGCUCAAUCAGGGACGCAAAUCCGACAGCCAGAAACAACGUCGUCUCGGUCGCCCCACCUCCGCAUCCUCCAACCAAACCGACACCCCUGUUGCUGCGAACAGUUCGACAAAAACCAUGUUCGAUAACCUAGACUCCCUCGUCAACGCCAACAAGAACUAA